AUGAUUCGCACAGCUGCUUCGAGGUCCGUUCGAUGGACGCCGGGCUCUCUUCAUUACUCGUUGCAAACACCGCAACCUUGGAGGACAAUAUCUUGUCUUUUCCGACCAAACCAAACCAGCGGGGGCCGACCCUUAACGCCCUCACUGGUUUCACAUCCUCACCGAAUCUCAGUAUCGUACCAUAGCUCCACCCCUCGAUACGCACAGUCACCCACCGCCGACGCUCUGAUGGAAAAUCUCAACGAUCUUUACGCCACCGCAAAAGACGAAUUUGAAAUCGCGGCUGAAGAGACGGAGAAGAAAACGGUUUAUGCCGCCGACGAUAGAGAGGCCGCAGUAGACGCAUUAAAGAUGCUGCAGGAGGCCUUCCAAAAAGCGCUGAAGGAGACCAGCCCAGAAGUCAGCAAGGAGAUUCAGGGUCGGGUGGGACCGAGGAUACGAGAACUGGAGAAUGCGGUGAAAGCAAUGGAAGAGAUGGCCAUGGAGGAUUGA